AUGUCAAAUCCAAAAGCUGACACCAGCAUGAGCUUAGACUCCAGCAGGAAGGGGCCCAAAAUGAGCGAGCCCACCGGAAAACUCGGGGAGAAGAAAAGCAUGGUCGGCCUCAAUGACAAGUUCGUCCAGUUGAUCGACAAGGUGAAGGAACUGGAGGAUGAGAAAAAGAAGCUGGAGAAGAAGCUAGAAAUCCUGAAGGGACAGGAGGACUACAGCGGGAACGUGGAUGCCAUCGUGAGGCAGGCAGAGAACAAUCUGCAGGAGAAGAUUGACAACUUGAAGAACGACCAGGAAAAACUGCAGGAAGAACUUGAAGACAUCACAAAGGAUGUGAAUGAUGCCAAGAAGAUCUAUGAGGAUGAACUAAGAAAGAGAACUGAGCUGGAGACUGAGUUCAUUGUUUCCAAAAAGAAAGUAGAUGAAGGACAUCUGCAUUUGGUAAACAAGGUUUUGGAUCUGGAAGACCUGAACAGAAAACUGGAGUUCCUCAGGGAUGGCUUUGAUGAGGAGAUCAAGGAGCUGCAGUCGAUGAUCAAGAAUGAAACGGUCAUCCUUCCCACGUCCGCCAAACGGUUUCUGGACAUGGACGACUACAUCAAGAACACAGAGGCGCAGUAUGCCACAUAUGCCGCUCGCGCCAGGGAUGAGGCGGAGCAAUGGAACCAGAGGAAGAUUGAGUCCUUGGUCCAAAGUACAGAGCAGAAGGAGCAGGAAGUCCGUGACCAAAAGAGGGAUAUCUCUGACCUCUUGCGCCAAAUCCAGAGGCUGACUGCUGAAUUGAACACUCUGAAAAGAAAGGAAGAGUCUUUGAGUCACGAAAUUGACGCAGCAAGAGCAGACGGCGACGGGAACAUGGAGAUGGCCAGAGAAACCAUUAGGAAGCUUGAGGAGGCCUUGAAGGCAAACAAGCAGGAGUUGGCCAAUUGGAUCCGCGAGUACCAGAAUGUGCUGAACCACAAACUGGCCCUGGACAUCGAGAUCGCCACCUACCGCAAGCUGCUGGAGGGCGAGGAGCAGAGAAUGGACAACUUUCAACACGCAGAUUACUAAAUGCAAACAACCAAUCCAAGUCCUUACUUGCACGCAGACGUUCACCCCCCAGAGAGGAAACACCCGCAAGAAGAAACACACCUGCCCGAAAGAAGUCACCUGCGAGAUCAACGACACCGGCGAGGGAAACCGCCAACAGUCGAGUCCAGCAUCGUCCCAAAACCAGACUUGAACCCAAACCCCGCGAGUACACAGGAAUCCCCCACCCCAUCUCCCAAGCGUGUGGUGAUCCGGGUGGAGGUGAAAUACGGAAAGCUUAUCUCUGAAAGCACCCAGUACACAGACUGAUUUUUCUGGGACUUCCUGCAGCCAAAUCCGCAAAAUGUGAAUUAAUUAUUUCCAAAAUUAAGCUAUAAUCAACCAUUUAAACCUCCUGAUGAAAUUAAAAGUGGUAAUCUCUCUUGCACGUCUUCUGGCAGUGAACGUCUGACUGCAGCUCGGUGGCAGGUUGAAUCUGUGCUUGAACUGGUUUACGUCAAGCCGUGUGUUUUGGAAAGCUUUUUUUUUUUCUUAUCUUUUGUUGGGAUGUGCAAUGCUCGUUGGGGCUUCAGUGUUUCCUUUCAUCUUCUCCUGUGUUAUUUCCUUCAGACAGUGAUGACCCAAGCGCUGAGGUUUUGUUUUUGUGAUGCAAAAAUAAAAAACUUCUAGCGUAAAGGUUUGUUUUUAUUUCAGGAUAAAUGGAUUUAUGGGUCCGAGCAUGUGGGAGUGUUUCCGUUUGCUUGAUUCCAAUCUUGCCAGUAUGAGUCAGGAAAUGUAGAUAAAAAUAAUAAGGAAAGGUUCUCAGACUGGUACUUAAAAGUUCAACAAUGUAUAUAUACAUACAUAUAUUGCUCUGUUUUUGGUACAUUGUCCUGCAGCAUUGCAAUGGUGCAAGUUUGAACUCCUCUGUUGGCUCUUGUGCUCAUGAGUCUCAAAUCUUUCAAAUGAAUCUAAAGUAAUCUGAUUUCAGGGUUUUGUGCUAAUAAAUUGACCUCUACAA